AAGGCGAGAGCUGAGGGAGCAGUACUGUUUACAGACAGCACAACAGACUAUUGUAACUCCUUACAGGACGUUAUCAGGGAUGUUAAAAUGCCAAAACGUUUGUUUUCAAAAAUUCAUUUCUAUGACUUUAAGGAUUUAAUGCCAAAUGUGAAGCGGCCCAGAAGAAUUGAUAUCCUUAUUCGGAGGAGGCAUAAGAAGGACAUUGAGUGUCUGAAGGCACAAAAAUUGAAUGAUGAGACAUGUCCUUCGAAACUCAGUUGGAAGACUGACCAUAAACUCCACCCAACUCUGGAAAAAUUACUACAGGAUAAAAAAUAUUUAGCGGCAUUCCGCAGCUUCCUACAGUCUGAGUUCAGUGAAGAAAACAUUGAGUUCUGGCUCUCAUGCGAAGACUUUAAAUCAACUGCCUCACCAGAGGACCUUCAAUGGAAAGCAGAGGGGAUCUACCAGGAGUUCAUCCAGCCCACGGCCUGCAGAGAGAUCAAUGUUGACCAACGCAUUAGAGAGAAGAUCAAGAAAUCUUUGGAGCAGCCGAGCCGCUCCUGUUUCGAUGAGGCACAGAAACACAUUUACCUGCUGAUGGAAAGAGAUUCUUGCCCCAGAUUUCUGCACUCAGAUGCCUACCUGAGUCUGAAGCACAGAUCCAGGACUCUUUGGUACAUUUAGCUCAAAAUGCUGUAUCAAAGCUGCUUCUCCAACCCUCACUUUUUGUCUUUCUUUUUCUGCUUGGCUGAAUAGAAAAGUUAUUUCACGCUGUAUGAGAUGUGGAUCAGACUCUGUUCUAUUCUUUUAAGGGCAGAGCAUCUCUCUAUUGCGCUAAAGCCAAACUGAAACGAUGUUUUCAACCAUGUGCACAUCAAUCUUUUAUAUGAUGGCUGGAUGAUGUAUUGAUGAAAUGUUGUGGAAAAUAAUAAAGCAGGAAAAGACAAAGUAAUGUGAGUGGAAAAAAGUAUACGUACGUAGGAGAGAAGGAAUGCAGUUGGUAUGUGUCAGGACUUCAGAUGAUUGUUGAGAGUUUGGACUUGUUUGAAAUACUGUAUGUGUUAAUGAAAAGUCUUAGUAAGUUAAAGUGCAGAGUACAGUUUGAUAAAUAAAUGGUUUCUGACAUGUAGAAUGAAAUGACCUAGUUUUCAUUAAAAGUGUCAUAAAUGGGCAUUAAAUUCCAAGUUUUGCAAAACAU